AUGGAACUCUUUGGUGCUUCGCACCUUUCCCUUUAUUACUAUCGUUUGCGGCGUCGAUGUGAAGGUCGAAAACCAGUUUUAACAGAUUGCAUUGCUGCCUAUCGCAACUGGAUUAACUCAAUGGGUCUACGGACGGUGGUUCACAGCCUCUACGGCGAUCUAUUCUCGGGAACUGUAAUUUUUAAGCUCUAUGACCUUAUCAAAUCCGGAAGCGUCGAUUGGUUGCGAGUUAAUCGAUUUUUUUCGACGGCUCCAGCCAAAGCCAACUUCCAGCACCUUGAGAACUGUAAUUACAUGGUUGAAUUGGGUCAGCGUGCGGGCUUCAGUCUAGUUGGAGUUGCCGGAUCUGAUCUCAAGGAUAGAAAAAUGACGCCGAUUCUGGCUUUGCUAUGGCAGCUGAUGCGCGCCUACACACUCUCCUUGUUGGUGAAGUUGGCAGAGGGCACAGAGGGUACGGACACGAUGGGUUAUCACAGGGCCCGUUCACCCGUCUCCAACAAGCCAAUCAUCUCUGAGCGAGGCAUUAUUGACUGGGUUAAUGGACGUUUGGCUGGCGCCAACAAACCACGUCGCAUCUCCGUUGGUGCCGGAUUCUCGGACUUUGAGUUGAGAAAUGGUCUUCUGAUCAUUGACCUGCUGGAGGCCAUCAGUCCAGGAUGUGUGGACUAUAGCGUGGUCAACAAAGGGCUUACCCCUGAAGAACGCCUUUCAAAUGCACAGUAUGCAAUUACAGUGGCACGGCGUAUUGGAGCCAAGAUAUAUGCAGUCCCGGAAGACAUAACCGAGGUCAAGCCCCGCAUGCUAAUGACAGUAUUUGCAUGCAUCAUGGCGAUUGACUUGGAGAAGAACCAUAAAGUAGUUAUACCAAAGGAACCAUCACCUUCGCCGACAAGAGUGAGCUCAAUCACCAUUAAUGAUCGCACAAGAUCGCCAUCAACGAGUGGGGAAAAUUGCACCAAAGCAAGUCUCUCGAUCUGCCAAAUGGCCUAUCAAGAUAGACCCAAAGGUGAAUAUCAGCGCCUUGUGGAUGCGAACACUAUUGCUGAAAAACGCGCAGCAAUGAACAGAGUGGCGACGCAAAUGUCGACCUUAAGAGUGGAAAGUUAUAUGGUGAAGAACAACCCUCUUACAGUGGACAUAGGCAAAGUGCAAUUUGCAGAGAAGGGUACGUAUUAUGACCCACCUCAACGACGUUUUUUCGGUUCACCCCCUCCACCGAGAUCACGGCAUGCGGAACUCUUCUCUUCGCCACGUCUCUACCGUAGUGAGCUAACAAAAUCUGCCACAGCGCUGGACCAGAUUGGCAAGUUGAGCUAUACUGGUGGUGGGGGAGCACCACAGGACUACCGGUCGAUCAGAAAAGUACUGCAAAAGCACACGGAGGACAAGGGCAUUCAAUGCGAGUCCACCACAUGUAGGACAAGUGUUCCGGAGAUUUGGACUCGAGACUCCAAGAAAAGCGACAUAUUUGCAGCCUCCGUGAGGGACGUUGGCGGAAGCAUUCGCACCGCUCCUAAUGGAGUGGUCCGAUACUCACGGAUGGAUGGAGUAAACUCUCCUCAGAGGAGAGGCUUCGCGGCGGCUUAUGAGGAGUACGCGAGCAAAACGGUUCAGGCGAACCGUCAAGGUGGAUCGGGCGUUCGUCGUCGUGGUGGGGGAAGAGUCUUUAUGGCAGCCGACAUUCACCACGAGUACUAA